UAACUAGUCUACAUUACAGUAUACUCUUCUUGGAGCUCUUGAUCACAGACUUGAGUACCAGGCAGUGUCAGAGAAACAUCACCAGCUUCGCUGCAGAUUCCUCCUUUUGUUCUGAGAGAAAUCAGGAAGUUUCACUGGAAUUAUUCCUUGGAUCCAAUGCAGGCAAGACAAAAGGACAUCCAGGCACAGAGGCAUUUCUGACCUUAGUCAACCUUGUCCUGGUGGAAUCUCAGUGGGAAAAUGCUACAACUGAGAGUCCAACUUCUGGACGACACGCAUGAAAUAUUUGAGGUGGAGCAAAAAGCCACCGGAAAAACUCUUUUCGAUUGUGUCUGCCAACACUUGAACCUUGUUGAGGAAGAUUACUUUGGAAUGGAGUUCAACGAUCGUUAUGGGAAUGUGGUAUGGUUGGACCUCUUAAAACCUGUUAUAAAACAAAUCAAAGGGGAGAAGAUGAUUCUGUUCCAAUUUGUAGUGAAGUUCUUUCCACCUGAUCCAGGACAGCUCCAAGAUGAAUUGACAAGGUAUCUCUUUGCUCAGCAAAUAAAACGUGACCUGCUUGCUGGAAGGCUUCAUUGCAAUGAUAACAGUACCGCACUGUUACUGUCUCACGUCAUCCAGGCUGAAGUCGGUGAUUUUGAUGAAGAACUAGACCAAACCCACUUACAAUCCAAGAUAUAUGUUCCAAACCAACAACGUCUAGUACACAAAAUAAUGAAUUUUCACCAAAAGCUCAUAGGGCUGACCUCAGCAACUUCUGACAUUCGCCUUCUCGACACAGCACGGAAGCUGGAGAUGUAUGGUGUCAGGCUCCAUCCAGCCAAUGAUGGUGAGGGAACACAGAUCAAUCUGGCUGUUUUACACAUGGGCAUAUUGGUCUUUCAGGGCAAGACAAAGAUCAAUACAUUCAACUGGGCCAAAAUACGCAAAUUGAGUUUUAAGAAGAAACAUUUCUUUAUCAAGCUCCACUCCAACAUUUUUACUGCCUCAUGCAAGGAUUCUUUGGAAUUUCUGAUGGCAAGUCGUAAUGUGUGCAAGCAGUUCUGGAAGACCUGUGUUGAAUAUCAUGCUUUCUUUAGGCUCCCUGAAGAACCCAAAUCAAAACCCAAGCCUAUACUUUGCAGCAAAGGUUCCAACUUUCGAUACAGUGGAAGAACUCAAAAGCAACUGGCUGACUAUCUUAGCAAAGGAGAUUUUAAGAAGGUGCCAUUUCAAAGGAAGCAUUGUAAUGUACAAUCUGAGGAAGAUUCAGCAGGAACGGGCCUUGAGGUGGGGAUGCAGGACAAGGGAUCGCCACAUGAUCUUUGGGGCGUUGGGCAAUUAGGAGACGUCCUGGAUAAGGUGGGGCCGAGGGCAGCACAGAGACGGAGGAAGGAGUCGGCAGUGGAGAUUGUGUUCAGCACUGAACUGGAGAGGUCCAAGCCCGAGGCGGACCCAGCAUUAGACAUUCUCUCCAGCCGCGAUCUCUCUGCUCCCUCUGUCAGCGACGCUGAGGUCAAGAAAAAUCCAGGGCAACUGCAAAAAAGCAGCUUAGAGUUUCUGACUAACCGUACUACGAAGGAAACGGAUCCAGGAGACUUGACAUGUGGGGACUCACCCAAGUUCACAGUAGGGAGCCAAUGCCUUGGCGAUAGUUUCCCCAAUUCGGACAGUUUAACGGACGGUUCUCUCCAACCGACAUGCUGCAUGUGGACAGACGAAGAAAUUGUUCGACUUUCGGGCAUAGCCCGCCCAGUCAGCUUGCCCGCUUCCGGCUUCUUAGCCAAUUAUGGGCUCUACCAGCGGGCUGUGAUGAGGGGGAGCUACGGCAGUACAUUGAACGCUGUACGGGAGGAGGAGAACCAGCAGGAUGACACUCGACUGCCUUCCAAAAGAUCUCGCAGCCAGUCUGAUGUGAAGAUCCUCGGCCUAGUCCAUGCGCCGGAGUUAAGGCCCAAAACUCACUUCUUGCCCUUGGGUCGGAGACAAGCUCUUGGUAAACUGGGUCAUGUGCACCUAGUGCACAGGAUGCUGCAACGCAGAGAGGUCCUGCAGACAACAGAACGAUACAUCAGCAGUGGCACAGAGUCCAGCGACUCAGACUCGGAAAUUAUCAGCCCCUACUUCCAUCCGCGUCCACUCGGUAAAGCUCUUCGAUCCCCCGCACCGAAGGGAGGUCAGUUUGCGUCAGCCAGCGUCCAGUCAGACGAAGUAGCCUCAUUCGAUCGGAAUUGUGCCGACAAGCUCGGACACCUGACGAUCUACACCGAUUUCAUUUAGUUUGGGAUGGAUCCGCCUUUACAGCUUCCUGCCCCAUUACCAAUCCCCAACCAUUGUCUUUGCCAUUACUCCUGACCACGAGUUGACUGUUGUUGGAGUUCUGUAAACAUCUCCAUAAGAAAAUGACCUGACCUGUGAAAUUGUGUGCCGGAGUCUCCCUAGUCUCUCUUUCAUUAUUAUGUUGUCAACAGUGAUGGGCGUGCCCCAUGUAGUUUGUGCACAAUUUUGGUUAUUUAAACAAUUCA